UUGAUAUUUUGAUAAGAGAAAGUAUGUUCUGAUCAUUGCUGAGACUUUGUCACAUGUUACUGCGAACAGCUGUCAUUACAGUCGUAACUGAACCGUUUUAGCCAAAUGGUUAGCUGACGCGCUGGACUGCAAGCCCCGGUUGUUCAAAAGAUGGAUAGCGCUAUCCAACGCAUAAAUCACUAUUUAGUGGAUGUGUGUGUGUUUUUUUACACCUAUCUACAGUACUAAAAGCGAUUUAUCCGGUGGAUAGUGUCACCCACCCUUUGAACAACUGAACCCAGAUCAAAUAGUUCAGUCUCAAUCCCUGGGCGAGUAGCUGUGCUGUGUUUCUCUCAUAGUGCCUCCCUCCACCCUGGAGUGUAAAUGGAUGCCGGUUGAUCUUCUGUGGGGCAACCUAACACGACGCUGGGGAGGAACCUGCAACGGAAUUGCAUCCCAGCAACACUCCUAGCCGCUUCAUGCUUUAGAAACCGGAGUUAAGCGCCCGCGAGAUUAAAAAUAAUUAAGCAUGGUUCGAUAAAAUGCUCCAUCCAGCUCAUUUUUGUCACACCAGACCAGCAGUUUCAUUUCUCCAUUAUAACUUUUUACUUCUCUCACUAUAUUUUCAGGAAAAAUGAAUCAAUCGAACGCCACAACAGAUUUUUCUGAUAUCUCAUCAACAUCCGCUGAUGGUACACAUCUGCAGUAUGACGCAAUCCAGUCUGAUGACGCCACCUGGAUUCUGACGUCAGCAUUCAUUAUUUUUACCAUGCAGUCUGGUUUUGGUUUACUGGAGGCAGGAAUGGUAUCCAAGAAAAACGAAAGCAAUAUUAUGGUGAAAAACGCCGUAGACGUCAUCUACGGUGGCUUCGCCUAUUGGUUGUUUGGAUUCGGUUUCAGUUUUGGCCGGGACGAGGGAACGACAGCUUUCAAUGGGUUCGGUAAAUUUUUCACAGAUGCAGAGGGAGAUGAAAUGGGCGACGUCUUUGCUAAGUACUUCUUCCAUCUGUCGUUUUCCACGACUGCAACGACGAUUGUUUCAGGGGCCAUGGCGGAGCGCGUUGAGCUCAAGGCGUAUAUAUUGUUUUCGUUUGUAAACACGCUGACCUACUGUUUUCCCGCGCAUUGGAUUUGGGAGCCAAAAGGUUGGCUUUACGAGAUGGAUGCUAUCGACGUUGCAGGGUGUGGGCCGGUACAUGUGGUCGGCGGUUUCAGUGGCUUGGUAGCCACGCUCUAUCUAAAGCCGCGCUUGGGAAAGGUUGACGAGAACAACCGUCCCAAGCCUAACCCGAUGGCCUCACCAACUAAUGUCAUGCUAGGGACGUUUAUGUUGUGGUGGGGGUGGCUUGGGUUCAAUUGUGGCAGCACGUUUGGAAUCACGGGAGGAAAGUGGAAAUUAGCAUCGAGGUCAGUGAAAAGUUUGAACUUCUUGAAAUCAAGCUUUACAUGGGUGUGGGAUAAUGAUGCAACUUUAACAUUAUUUUCUUCAAGGAAAAACCGAUAUUAUUAUCUGAAACAUAAAAACCAGCUAAUGAUUGACGUAUUUGUGACUGGGAUUAUUUCCGGGCUUGUCAGCAUCACCGCGAUUUGUCCUCUUGUGUCUCCAUGGGAAAGUCUGCUGAUUGGUUUCAUUGGUGGCGCCAUCGGUUGCUUUGGAGAAAUCUUCCUCGAGCGCAUGCGUAUUGACGAUCCAGUUCAUUGUAUUACUACUCAUGGCAUCGCUGGCCUCUGGGGGUUGGUAGUGGUGGGACUAUUUGUCGAGAAAAACCCUCUGAUGUCCAAAAACUAUGGCGUUUUCAAGGGAGGUAGCUGGAGAGUCCUUGGUGUUCAAGUCCUUACUGCUGUCAGCAUUGUCCUAUGGACAUCGCUGACCACAUUUGUUGAACUUUACGCGAUAGAUAAGUCUAUUGGUCUGCGCGUGUCACGUGAGAAGGAGCUCGAUGGAGCGGACAAGUGGGAGCAUGGGAUUGUUUUGGAUGUAAACCAAGAUAUGUUGAGUGAGGCUUCCGGUCGGACGCUAUCAAAUAAUGGCAUGCAGGGUCAAGAAUUGGUUAUGGAAGAGAUUUAAGAUAUGCCUAAAGGGGAAUUUUUUGCCACAAUAAUACACAUUGUUCUCGUGAAACUAAUAUAAUAAAAACGCAGAGACAAUGUUUGGAAGAACAAGAGUACAGCUCGUAAACUAACAAGAGUGCUGGUUUUCACUUGUGCAGUGAGACAAGGAGACAAAGUUAUUUCUCUUACGAAAUAAAUUCUGCAAAGAUGGCCUAUAGCAGACAGCGGCGGAGGGGGUAGGGGCAGUACAGAAUCUCUUUUAUCUGUUUCUUGUUUAUAUAACUCAUUGACGAGCAGACGACUCUGGCAGCUUUGUACAGGAUCCAAAAUAGAAAGAGAAUUCCAAAGGGUCUUGAUAAUAGCAGGCAAGUCAAUAAUUUAAAGAAAACGACAAAACUGUUAAGUUUCAAAGACCAGU